UUAGAGUCGUGCGCUAAAAUAAAAUUCAAAAUAUAUUUAUUUUUUUCCUAAGUCUACGAUAUGAUCUACUUCUUGUAAGAGAAUUAAACUCGAUUAAAAAAUAAAGUUUUUUUUGUUCGAAAGGAUUAACUGGAAAUUUCAUACAAUACUUGAGAAUUAUUAGUGCAAAGAACAUAUAUGAACAUACAUAUAUGUUCAUGAAAGAAAAAUUGUCGUGUGCAACAAUAGAACCGUUGAUUGUGCAUAAUUGAGAUCAAUUUUUAUUGGAAAUAAAGAGAUAACAAAAAAAAAAAUAAGUUCGCCAAUUAAUAACAGUGGCUGGGACGAGAGAAUCGAAAUGAAUGAAAAUAAAAAAUGUGAAUGACAACAAAAGCUAUUUUUAGAAAAUAAUUAAUGGAUUAAGAUUUCGAGAAGAAUAGAAGGUGGAAAUCAAUUAAAGAUUCUCAAAUUGAAAUAAUUUCUUUUUUUGGUAAAAAAGUGUAACAAAAGAAUAGUAAAAAUAAAUUAGGAAAAUGAUGCGAAAUAAAUGUCUAUUAAGUCUUAUAACAAUAUAUGGAUUAAUUACUGCCCUUAGUGUAACAAAUGCACAAAAAUGUAGCUUUCCGGGCUCACCGGCACAUAGUAGUGUAACAUUUUCAGAAGAUACUUUAAUUCACGGUACGAUAGCUUCUUACUCAUGUGAGAGAGGUUUCGAGUUACUUGGACCAGCCCGAAGGGUAUGUGAUAAAGGAAAUUGGACACCGGAAGGAAUUCCAUUUUGCGUUUUAAACGUAGCAGCUGGAAAGGCGCCAAUGCAAAUUUCUACAGAUGGCCCAGGCAUACCGCAGAAAGCCAUCGAUGGAUCUACCUCAUCUUUCUACUCAACAGACACAUGUUCGCUUACAAAAUCUGAACGGGUACCGUGGUGGUAUGUAAAUCUCCUCGAACCAUACAUGGUGCAAUUAGUUCGAUUGGAUUUCGGAAAAUCAUGUUGCGGCAAUAACAAACCAGCAACUGUUGUAGUACGCGUUGGCAACAAUCGUCCUGAUUUAGGUACAAAUCCAAUUUGUAAUAGAUUUACUGGUGUUUUGGAAGAAGGUCAACCACUCUUUUUACCUUGCAAUCCACCAAUGCCUGGUGCAUUUGUGUCAGUUCAUUUAGAAGUUAGUCAAUCUGCUGCCUUGUCAAUUUGUGAAGCAUUCGUUUACACAGAUCAAGCACUUCCUAUUGAAAGGUGUCCAACAUUCAGAGAUCAACCUCCAGGCGCAUUGGCAUCAUACAACGGAAAAUGCUACAUCUUUUAUAAUCGUCAACCAAUGAAUCUUCGUGAUGCUCUUCAAUUCUGUCGAUCACGUGGCGGCACAUUGAUUAAUGAAUCAAAUCCAGCACUUCAGGGAUUCAUCAGCUGGGAAUUAUGGAGACGUCACAGAAGCGACGUCUCAUCACAAUAUUGGAUGGGUGCAAUCAGAUCUAAUGAAGAUCGUAACAUCUGGAAAUGGAUUGGAGGUGAUGAUGUGUCUGUUUCAUUCUGGAAUUUGCCUGGCGGCGAUGAAGAUUGUGCUCGUUAUGAUGGAUCGAAAGGAUGGUUAUGGAGCGAUACAAAUUGUAAUACACAACUUAAUUUCAUUUGUCAGCAUCAGCCAAAGGCUUGCGGUAAACCAGAACAGCCACCAAACUCAACAAUGAUUGCUAUUAAUGGAUAUGAUGUCGGCGCAAGUGUUGAAUAUAAAUGCGAAGAAGGUCAUUUACUUAUUGGGCCAGCUCAAAGAACAUGUCUUGAGACUGGAUUCUAUAAUGAAUUUCCACCAGUCUGUAAAUAUAUUGAAUGUGGUCUUCCUGCCUCAAUCCCACAUGGUACAUACGAACUUGUAAAUGGAUCUGUUGGAUAUUUGAGUCAAGUUGUCUACAAAUGUAAUGAAGGAUAUCAAAUGUUGGGUCGUGCAAUGCUUACAUGUGAUAUUGAUGAAAGAUGGAAUGGACCACCGCCAAGAUGUGAAGUUGUUGAAUGUGACCCAAUUGCACCAAAUCAUAAAAAUUCCAAAGUAUUCACAUCAAAUGGAACAUUCUUCGGUUCAAGAGCUGAAAUUCAAUGUGCACGCGGAUAUAAAUUGGAUGGUCCAAGUAUAAUCACUUGUACAUCAUCAGGUCAAUGGAGCAGUCCAAUAAGCAAUUGUGUUGAGGAUGAAUCAUCAACGACUGUAAGAACAUCUACACAAUCUGUUCCAGCAACCACAUUCACAAGACCGAAGACCUCACCACCAUCGAGAAAGACUUCUACAUCUGUAAGAACAAGCAGUAGAUUCACAACAACAUCAUCAACUCAGAAGACAGUUCCUAUUAGUAAUAUAGAUUUAAGUCUAGAAGAUACUGAUAUUGACAUCCUUCCGGGAACCGUCAGGGAAGAAUUCCCAAGUCGAAAACCAGUAAGACCUAUUGUAACAGUACCAAAGAAUAAUAAUGCUCAACAACCAACCACAACUACAUCUACAACAUCCACAACAACGAAAAAACUUGAAACAACAACGAAGAACGUACAAGAUGAAAUUGAUUUAGCACGACCAGAAGAUAAUGAAGUUUCUGGAACGAAUAAUAACAGGCAUAAUCAUGUACCAGAUGUAAACAUUCCAUCACCAGUUGACAAUGACGAGUCCGUAUCGUCAUCAUCAUCAACUUAUGGUGCUAAACUCAGUCUCAGCUCGAUAAUUGCACUCAGUACAUUCGGUGGAUUUGUAUUCCUAGCAGCACUGAUCACGACUAUUGUUGUAUUGGUCCGAAGCACGAAAGCGUCUCGAGACGUAAAUCAACAGCCACAUAAUCUGUUGAGUAACAACACAACGCUAUCAAAAUCGCAGUAUUAUGAGCAGUCGCACAAUCAUUUGCCCUCGUCGAGGUGGUAUACUGUGCUUGCAUUACCAUUUCCUGAUCAAAAGCUUGCACGACGUGAUAUCAGUACGUUUGGUCGACAUGGCUUUUAUCAAUCACGAGCCGACAGUGCCAUACUCUAUGAUUUUUUCAAUUACAAUACUUAUGAUACAAAUGUAAAUCGUAGUUCCUCUCAACAUUACCGUCACCGAGCCUCGCCCGAUUGCAAUACAGUUGCUUCCUUUGAUAGUUCCAGUUCAGAAUCACGAAAUGGAUUAAAUAGAUAUUAUCGACAAGCAUGGGAGAAUCUACAUGAAUCAGCAUCAAAAAAUCACAAUCAGUUGCGACGAAAGGAAACGUUAGAUCCACAAAAUUUGAGUAGAUCACGUGAUAAUUUAGAUAGCCGCUCUCGUGAAUUAGACAGAUCUAGGGAGAAUCUGUCAAGAGGGCGGGAUUUUGGACGAGAUAGUCUCGGUUUAAGAGACGGUUCAGAAAUGGUUGUGUCGGAUGCUUGUGUAAAAGGAGAAAGAAAGCGUCAUCAUCACCAUCAUCACCACAGUAAACAAAAUCGAAAUAGCAACGAAUUAAAUCGAAAUCGUCAUAAUUAUUGACAUCAUAGAAUGGUUAUCACUAUCAAUUUAGAUGAAUAGGCUUACUUCUUCUUCUUUCCUCAUCGAUCGAUCAAUCGCCGAUGACGAACAAGUGUUUUUAAAAUUAAUUAAAAUUUAAAUUAUAAGACUUUUUAUCAUACUGACCAAGUUUUCUUUAUUUUUGAUUGUUUAGUCAUGAUUAUACUUAAAGGCGUGCUUUUUGUGCUGCUGGAUAAGUUGGAAGUUAUGAGAGGUUUUUAAUUGGAUCGAUAAUUUUGCCUUGUUUAUGGGUGGUUUCUUACAUUUUAAUUGUAAAUUGGAAAUCUCUUCCUACGUUGAUUGCGAAUAACUUUUUUGGGGGAAAAAUAAAUUCAGUUGAAAGAGUUAAUUGAGAUUAUUAAAUGUUAAAUUGUUUGUAAACAUGAAAGAAAGCUUUAUAAGCAAUUAAAAUAAUCUUUUGAUUUUUUAUGAGAUAUUGAUGAAAUUUAAUGUGUUUUUGUUUAUUUAAUUUCGUUUAAAAAUUGCUCGUUAUGUAGUUUAUUUAAAACAUUUGCUAGGGUUUAAUUUAAAAUUUUUGUAGGAUUUCAAAAAAUUAACGAUUAAACUCAAUUUGAAUUCUAAAAUCAAACCAAUGUUUAAAAUUUCAAAAUAAAUUUGAAUUCUAUAACCGUACAAAUGUUUUAAAAUAAGAUUAUUAAAGUUUUAAAACAUUUGUAUAUUUUUAAUUUAAAAAAUUAAUUUUGAUCAAAAAAGGAGCAAUUUCUAAUCCAACCAGCCACAGAUACCACGCCCUAAAAUCUCUUUUACAUAAAAAAAAAUUAACCAAGAUUUGUUUCAUAAGUUUUAGGAUGAUAUCUUGACCAUUUCUAAAUAAAAAGUUACUUGUAAAUGUGCACCUCACACAUUAAACAAUAAUUAUACAUUAUAUAUUGAAAAGAAAAGUGUAAUUUUCGGACUAUUCUGGUUUAAUUUUUCUCUUCUUUAAGUAGGCAUUCAGGGCACAUCAUGUUUAGUUUUCAUUUAGAUUAGGUCGACAAUAUCAAAGAUAUGGUUUUAAUAUAAAAAAUAUAUUAUGUAUGUUUAAUGUUGCUUUAAUUACGCACACGACUUUAUAAAUUAACUCUUAUGUUUUUAUUUGAUAUUUGUUAAAGGAAUCUUAUUAAUGGAUGCAAUUUAAUUGGUGCCAUUAAAUGGGCAAAAAUAAAAAAUUAAAGAAAAUUUUUGUGUAAAGAAAAUCGCUGCAAUAAUAAGGAAGAAAAAUAUGUGAAUGAAUUGAAAGAAUAAUAGUGCAAUAUCUUCAAAAAAAAAAUAUAAUUUUUCAUUUCUUUCUCGUACUCAAUAUUUUAUUAUUGAUUUUGCACCGAAUUUCUGCACCUUUUGAUUAUUCAAAUUGCAAAAAAAAACAACAACAUAUAUUAUGUAAAAUCACUUUUUAUAAUACUUACCUUAAAAUAAUCAAUUUUGGAUUUAUGUAAUUAUUCUCUUAGCAAGUAAUGACAUUUUAAACAUUGACGAUAAAAAUAAAUUAGAUUUAUAUUUGUGUACAUACAUUCGAAAAAAAGAGGAUAUCUAGUUGAAUAAAAUAAAGAAAUCUUUUGUAA